AUGGGUGCAGGUGCCAUCGGAUAUUCAUCAAAACAUGCACUUUAUGCCACUGAGUGUGACCGGUGGGGGAAAAUGGCAUAUGCUUCAUCUCUAGCAGAGACAAUUUUGCUUGAAAUCACUGUUGUUCAUGAAGGUGCCAGAGCUCGCAAGAAAUGUGGUAUUACUAUCAGAAAUAUAUGUGAGGCUCCUGGGCUCAUUGAGCUAGCAUUGGAGACCGUUGUCCCAAAGCUACGCAAAUUUGGUGGAGAAUUUAUCUGGUGUGUUGAGGAAUUCAUAAUCCGAGAUGCUGCAUGGGUGGACCUAUCCAAUCACCCACCAUCAGUCCCAUACUUCUACGAUCAAUGCCUGCAGCCAUCUCGCAAAGGCACCGAAUCGACCUUCAAGUCUAAGCAAUUCAUGCUGAUGGUCGUUGUCCCAGAGGCUCAGUGGAACAAAUAUGAAAAUUGGUUGGAGCAAAUAGAAGCGGAAGCUACCCGAACAAGAUGCACACAAUCUAGUGACGUCAGUUGCAACCUGCCUGCAUCAGCAACAACAACUUCACUCACCGAGAAUGAGCUUUUCUUGCCCUCUGUUACUGGUGACAAUUCUGCGUGGCCUGCAUCAGCAACAACUUCACUCGCCUGA